UAAAAUAUGUUUCCAACAUACGGAACACACCAAAAGAAGAAUAAAAUAGCAGUAAUAAUUAAAAAAAUUGUGUGAAAAUUUAUACAGAAGUUUUCGGCAAAGGAAAAAACGAAGUCAAUUGAAAAACGAUAUCUUCUCUGCUAAGUUUCCAUUUUUCUUCUGAUUGUUCGAAGCCAUGUUCCAAAAAUUCUGGGCUGGGCAGCAACCUCAGCAACGUCCACAGGAGGGUAAUAAUGAAUCAUGGUAUCCACCAUCCGUAGGAAGCUCUCAGUCUCCCGGGUCUUCCCGCCCCGGAACUCCUAGUCCAAGCUCCUCAGGCAAUUUUAGUGUCCAAAGACCAACAGAUAGGCCAAGCUCAGUGUCACAAGUUCCCCCUGCAGAGGCUGCAGGCAUUAUUACUGCUAUAAAAGAUAAGAGUCUUGAGGAGCUAAGGGACCUUUUAUCUUACAAGGAUGCAUAUCAGAACUUAUUACUUUCACUUGAGCCUGUCAAAACUCAGAAUAAAGUUAGAGAUGACCUUCGGAAUGAAACUCUGCAACUUGCUAGGGAGAAUUUAGAAAAAGAACCGCGGAUAAUGGAGCUUAGGAAUCAGUGCAGAAUCAUCCGCACCACUGAAUUGGCUGCUGCUCAAGAAAAGUUGCAUGAACUGGAAAGGAGAAAAGAAGAGCUCUUAAAGUUCUACUCUCCGGCAUCACUCCUUCAUCGACUACAAGAUGCGAUGAGAAAAACAGACGAGGAAUCUGAAAGUCUGGACAAACAGCUUCUCGAGGGGGAAAUCGAUCUUGCAACAUUUGUGCAAAAGUACAAAAAGCUGCGACACAGUUACCACAAACGCGCACUUACACACCUUGCUGCAAAGACAUCUAUAACUGGCUGAAUGUUUACUUGAAAUGAUGUGUGAAUAUUAUAUAGCUGAAUCUUCCUUUGCUUCUAAAAUUGUGUACACCAUAAUAUUGCUUCAGAUGUAAUUUUUGUGACUAAAUUAUGCCAGCUUGGCCUUUAUUGUGUAGCGUGCUUGCUAUAAGAGGACUAUCUAUUUUUUUUGUAAGACAAUUAAUCAGUCUCCUCUUA